AUGCUGAGCGGCAGUGUGAAAUUCCAAGAGCUCCGCCGCUCAUCAUCGCCGGAGAGAAUUGCGACAAUCCUGAUGCACGGGCCCCGGAGCGAGCUCAUCACUCCCACGGCCGACCCUACGAAGUUCCCGCAUGCUCUCACCCUACGAGGUAUGACUUUGAUGCUCGAGUUCCACGAACGAAAUGUCAUGCCGCUUACCCGAAAAUACAUCAGGUGGGCUCUUUCCCAUCUUGAAAGGAAGCCCGAGGUCCGAGUAGGUGAGUUUCCUCAAAGUCUUACUUCCACCGAGGAGGCUCGUGUGACAAGGACCCUUUAUCGAUAUCACCUUUGUGCAAACUUGCUUGGUAUUGGCUGCCAGCCCUUUACAGACCACAAUGCAGCUGAUAUUCACAGAAGUAUCUUCGGCACGGACAUUCUCAGAUGUCUGGAUGUUUUGUACCGCUCAUGGAAGAUCGAAGAAAUUUGCAGCGUUGUCACCUUCGCCGAAUGUCAGUACAAGGGAAUUAUGAAUAGAGAUAUCUUCAGAUUCGAGGACAGUGAUCCCGAAACGAGUGACCUAAUCCCGGAGUUCAUAUUCUCCCACAUUGGAUGGGCAAACUCUCAGCUUGUUGAAAUCCCGCUUGGCUCGCAAAUUGCGAAUGGGUAUGUAUCCCAAGGCCUCGGGCUUCUCUGA